UGCGCUGCUCUCUGCUGGACUGGAGGAUCCACGCUGGAGACUGGACACUCUCAGUGUGGAGCACGGUGGAGUGGGGAGGCUGAAACCGAAGUAUUCACCGUCAAAAGUGGAAAGGAGUAGCUCAGGGAUGAGUCUCAACAAAGACAUGGCAAGCACGUAUUUGAUGGACAGGGAUGAUGAUGAGGGGAUGCACUUCAAGUCACAUUGUGAAGAAUGUAAAGCAGCUCAGAAGAGUCCUGAUUAUGAGAAAGUUACCCCAAGAAAGAUGUCUAAGUGGAGCUUCGAGGUACAGCUGGAAGGCGAGGGGACCUAUGAGAUUUCGGCUACAGGUCUGGUGUUUGAAGUGUCGGAGCAGGCUCUGGUCCGCUACUCGAUCCUGUCCUGGUUCCAAUUCUCUGAGGACCUCAAGGACUCCUGGAGACCUGCUGGAUCGAUUUAUGAUGUUGUUGUGGUCGACAAGGAUCCAUCUGUGCUCAAGUUUAUCCAUUUCCCCCACUCUUUGUGCCUUGCUGAACCUGAGCAUGAGCAGAGCUUCAGUGUUCUGCAUGUAAAGAAACGCCAUGAGCAUGAGCAGAGCUUCAGUGUUCUGCAUGUAAAGAAACGCCAUGACAACAUUGAGUCGACGGUGGACUUCACGGCGAGCCAUGUUAAAUGGCGCGUGUCCUCGCUUUGUCCCGUGGGUGUCAUCAUUCAAAGCAGUCAGCCUGUGGAGCACCAGCCAGCACCAAAGCCAGCACCAAACCACGGAUUGGUGAUGGUUUACAAAGAGCUGGGCCUCAACAAAUAUUUAGUGUUUUUGUCCUUGAACACCCUGUCUGAGAUCAAGGCUAUUGAAGAACAGGUGCUCAUUUCCAGGAAGAAUGGCAUCAAGAUUACAGAAACAUUCAAACAUCUCACCUGUAGGCUGGAAGAAAAGUUAUACUGCCUCGAAAGUGAGCCCGAAGGAGAGAUUGAUCCCCCGACUCUAGAAUUCACCACUGCAGUGUUAGCGUUGAAAGGCUUAUUUGUAGCACGCUUCCGGAAUCUUCCUCCUUUCAAAUUGUUUCUCUGGAAAAAAGACUGUGACCAACCUUUUUUGAAUGUUACAAUCAGAGAAGAUGAUUGGCCCAGCGAGGAGAGACCAGGUCUUUGGAAUUCUUUUUUACGCCUUUUCCGCCCUUUUGUUUACAAUACUGCAGUUCAAGCAACAUCCAGCCCUCCAGCUACGUCCAGUGCAACACGCCCUGUAGCAGAGGAGCUUUUGAGGAAUUCUCGUCUUGAAUUCGUGAACAGAGCUUCAGACCCACUUAUCAAAGGUCUCCUGGAUGACCUUUUGCAACAUGAAGUCCUCAACUCUGCGGAAAAGGACUUUGUGAAGGACCAGAGCGGCAGAGCGGACCGGGCAGGUGAACUGAUCGACAUGGUGGUAAACAAAGGACCGGAAGCAAGUCAGAAGAUGAUUGAUUCUAUGAAGGUUAGGGACAGAUACUUAUCCUCAACCUUGGGUCUUAUCUCUUCUCCUACUGGUUAGGUUGUGGCUGAGUUGUAGAUAUGAGCUACUUCUACAAUUUUAAAGAAAUUGUCACUGCCCGCUUUGUUUUGACAAUACGUGACAUUUAUUGAGUAAUUGUUGAACAGAUGUUUAGAAUAGGAUCUCCUGCCUCUACUAGGAAGGAUGUCCCCAUGUGUUCCCCUGAUACCUCCUUUACCCAGAUAACUUUUAAAUAUUUUUAAGUAAUGUUGGUAUGGUUGAGAUCACAGAGUUUGUAAAUCAUGCUGAUAUAAUGCCAGAGAUUUAUUUUUUUUGCUUAUCUUGAUUAUCUUUUUUGCUUAGUUUCCCCAAAAGACAGCUGGUAAUGGGUCACAUGGUUUGGGUCAACAUUGACCCUUCAGUAGAUUCAUGUGUAACACCAUUUAUGGUUUCACUCAUGGCUCUUAAGAUCCUGCGAGUAGAAAUGUGAGCUAAGGUUAUUUUAGAACGGUGGAAACAUGUAUUCCUUAUAGUGAGUAGAGGGCCUGAAAUCUGUAGACCGUAGCGUAUUCAUUUAGUAGACUGGAAGUAGGAACUAUUUAGGAAUCAUUGUAUUGAAGAAUAAAUAAUGGUUGUUAAUUUGUC